AGGUUAGUUUAAAAGAGCACUCGUCAUCGUGUGCGCAGUCCAAUACGCGUCCGCAGUUCGUAUAAGAAAAAUUCAUAGUAUUUUUUUAGUUAAUAAUUUAUGUAAUAAAAAAUAACCAACAUACAAUCUGCUUCCUUUCGUCGUCCUGAUCGACCGUUUACACGGUGUCAACGAGUGCGACGCGUUGUUCGGCCGAUAACAGUGUUAACUUUAGUAAUAACAAUAGUUUUUCAUUUAACAACUAGCUAAUUUUGUACGUGUCUACAGCAUAUUCAUUUGUGAAUUUAACAAUCGUAAUUUGAAUAUAUACCAACAAAAAUGUUAAUCUCGAGUCUUGCAGUAUUAUAAUUUUACGGUAUUAAUUGUAAACAAAAGAAAUUACUCGCAAGGACGUGCGGCUCAAGCUCCAACGUAGUCUUUGAACGCGAAGUGGGUACCAAACAUAGUUGUUGUCUUACAGAAGAGGCGACUGCUUACUAAUGAAAAUGACGGAAAUGACUGCGGUGAACACGCAAAGCAUCGCCGACUACUUGGCGCAGUUGCUCAAAGAUCGCAAGCAGAUCGCGGCGUUCCCCAACAUGUUUAUGCACGUGGAGAGGCUAAUUGACGAAGAAAUUACCAAAGUCCGAGCCAGCCUGUUCGAAGUGAACGGCGUCAAAAAAGAACCACUGGUAUUACCGGAACCGGAUGGCACGCCUGUUACCAUUACCGAAAAAGUGUUCGUGCCGGUUAAGGAUCAUCCAGAGUUCAAUUUUGUGGGAAGAAUUUUGGGACCGCGUGGUAUGACCGCUAAACAGCUCGAGUUAGAAACAGGAUGCAAAAUCAUGGUUCGUGGAAAAGGUUCCAUGCGCGACAAAAAAAAGGAGGAACAAAAUCGAGGUAAACCCAACUGGGAACAUCUCAGUGAAGAGCUGCAUGUUUUAAUUUCUGUUGAAGAUACUGAAAAUCGCGCUAAGCUCAAAUUAAAAAGAGCUAUUGAUGAAGUUAAAAGGCUAUUGAUACCAGCUGAUGGUGAAGAUGAAUUGAAAAAACGACAACUCAUGGAACUUGCCAUAAUUAAUGGAACAUACAGAGAUUCAAACGCCAAAGCUUUAGCUGCAGCUGCUUGUGAUGAGGAAUGGCGAAGAAUGGCUGUUGCAGCAGCAGCUGAAACACAGCGAUUAUUGUCGCCUCAUGGAAUGGGUGGUUUAGCAACUACUCUACGUCCUCAAGCAGCUACUCCAUUAGCUGCACCUCUUAUAUUAUCUCCCCGUAUACCUACUGCCAUAACAACUACUGCUGGAAAUCCAGGUGCACCUCAACUUUUAUCUCCUGCUGACCAUCAUCAUCAUGCAGCAGCAGCUGCUGCUGCUGCUGGUCUUAUCUAUACUCCCUAUGCUGAUUAUGCAAACUAUGCGUUAGCAGGCUCUCCACUGAUUACAGAAUAUACUCCUACCGAUCACUCCGAAUGUUCGACCAGAUACAUGCUAAUGGUUCCAGAACUACAAGGGCUCACCUACCGCCACUGGCCAAAUCAACGUUAGCCUAUCAUUCUUAAUAUUUGGCCAUCCAACCCUUUUUAUUUUUUUGUGAGGUGCUAUCUUAUUUAUUAUUUGUAUAAUCUUAGGAAUUUAUUUUAUUUUGGUAUUCCUUAUUAUUUAUUAUUACAAUUAUUUAUUUUUUGUUUUGUUUUUUACUUCAUUCUUUUUGCGCGCUUUUAAAUCAAUUUUAUUAUAUAGCUUUAAUAUUUUUAUAUAUACUUUUAAGUUAAUUCUUAGUUUAUAUCUUUAUUAAGUUAAGUUGUAUCCCUUCUUUACCUCUGUUCUUUUGCGUUUAGGUAGAUGUUUGUCUAACUCAACUAAAUAAAUUUUUCAUAUAAAACUAGGUGUGUACUAAUAAAUUUUAAUAUAAUAAUUAAAUUUUUUUCACUUAGUAACACUCCUCAAGUACUUGCUAAUGCAAAGAAAUUAACCGUUGAAACUAUUCUAAUAGUGUUAAUGACCACUUUUACUUAUUUAGUAAAUUAACUUUAUUCCAUGUAAUGUGCAUCAUUUUUAUUCUUAAAUAUCGUCAACUAACCGAUGAACUACAUAUUUUUGAAUUUAUAGCAAAAUAGAAAAUAAGUGUGACUCUAACAUAAAUAAUACAUUUCUAACUAUUAUAAAAAAUUACACCUUUAAGGAUCAAUAUUAACACAUUACUUGAGGGACCACAAAAACACCAUUUAGGUUGUUUUACUUAUUAAGAAGGACAUACACUUAUGACACCUAAAGUUCCUUAUUGUUAUAAGAAUGAAAUACCAUGACAAAUCAGUUUUUAAGAAUUAAUUUUAUUGUUUUUAUAUUAUAUUGUACUGUUACUUUAAAAGUCAUUAAAAAACCUGACACAGGCUGAUUAUUUUUAUUUAUGUUAAAUUUUGUGAUUAUUUAGUACACAUCUAUGUUUAUAAAUGGUUAUAGAUAUAUUCUAUGUAUAAAUAUUUAUGUAUUUAUAUCAUUAUAAUUAUGUUUAUUGUUUUUAAUUUGUAUGCAUUGUAUGGUGUGUCAAUUGCUGUAAAUGGAACCUGGAUUUCUUAAUAUUAUUAUUCUACAUUUUUGACUUUUUCAAUAAACAAAAAUAAUGUGUUUAUAGCAGGUGCAGCAGCCGCAGUUGCGGCAGCGGCUCAGGUCGCUAAACAAAGAAGGCAUUUGACUCAGAUCAGGGAUCAUCCAUAUCAGAGGGUUGGCACUUCGAUUGUCAAUUAAAAAAUUAUAUACAAAAUUUUAAAAAAUUCUUUGAAUUCUUAAGGUCAGUUGCUAUUAGUUUUUUUAUUUAGGUUAUAGAUCAAUGGGGGCAUUUAAGUGUUUACUCGAGUUUCAGUCCAUGAAUUUCUCACUAUUUCAAUUACCUCGUUUAAAAAUUUAUUUCUUGUUUAAUUUUCUCUUGGUUGUGAUAUUUUUAUUAUUACUUGUGUAAUUUAUGUAUGUAUUUCUGUGUAUGUGGGUAUAUAUUAUUGACUGUAAAUAAUACAUACACACAUGCCAAUGUCACAUAUCUUCCUUAUUUUGAGCAUUAACUUUUUUACAAAUUAUUCAUACUAUAAUAUAAUAAACGCAGACUUUGAUAAAAUAAUUUUUCUUUAAUCAAUGAUUCAGGUUUAGGUGCUACUUAAAAUGUUUAGUUUUUGUAGAUAUAACCUAAUUUAAGUAUAAUUUCAUGUAUUGUGUUCUAAUAUUGUAUUUAACAGUUUUAUUGCAGAUAAAUUACUAUAUUAUAAUGUCUAAAUUUUUGGUGAAGGUAGUUGUGUAUCAAAGAUGCAGUAAUAUAUUUUAAUGUGUAUUUCUUGAGUUUGCACUAGUAUAAUUGCAUACAACUAUUAUUAGUAAUAAAUAUCUUGUGCGCAAGCAAAAUUCUUUUAUUAUUUAUUUUACUCACUUAACGCUUUUUACACUCAUGGUAGUAAAAUUACACACUAAUAAAAUGUCAGAAACUAUACAUGGCAAAAACAAUUUUUAUGUUUGACACCAGCGUACUUAUACUAAUACAAUAAUAGAACAUAAUACUAUAGCUGCUAUUUAAAUAAAAAUAUUUCAGUACUAACAUGUUUUAUUUUUAUUUUUUAUUUAACCUCAAAAAGGCUUGCGGAGAUCUAACAUACUGGACCUUUAUUUUAACACCACAAAAUGCAGCCUGCAGCCGAAGUGCGACGAUUGCCGGACGGAACUAUAAUUAACAACUAAACAAAUAUCAUUCUGCACUCAUAUACACUUUAAAAUAAAAUCGCAAUGUUGCACAUAGAAUUAUUUUCUAACCAUUUAUUCUGUCUGUCUAAUAAUUUUCGUAUAAUAAUAUUUGUUUUUAUUUAUAUUAUUAUUUUUAUUAUUAUUAUAGUAUUUAAUAUUGUUGAGAAAUACUUCAGUUUAAAGACUAAAUAGUAAAUGGAUAUUUUUUUCGUUGAGUCAUUUGCCUUUGAAAUAAUUAUUAAAUAAUUAUUAAUAAUUUCUGCAUUCAGUUGACAUAGGUAUGUUAUAUGUUUACUUUGUCACUAGUCUUAGCAUUUUUAUUUAUAUUUCAAAAUUGUGUUAUGAUUUAAUAAUGCAAGUGUACGACAAUUAAUAGUAUAUUAUGUUGAACAAACUUUUUUUAUCACUCUACUUAUCAAGUUCAUCUAGUUAGAAUUGAAUACAAUAUAAUGAAGAAAACAUUUUUUAUUGAUAUUAUUAAUAUUUAUAAGAUCUAUUUAAUGUAGCGUGCAAUAAAUGUUUUAUUAAAAAUUAUUUAGACGGAAGUGUUCAGUAUUAAAUAAAAUAAAAGUAUAAUAUAUUUAUACCAUGCCAGGUGCCAAAACCGACCCAUGCCAGUUUGUUCUACAUUAGUUUAAAUAAUAUGUUUGUUUUUGUUAUGAAAUAUUAAAGAAUAAGAUAAAAUAAUUUACAAAAUUUAUUUUGUUAGUAAUAGAUAAAUUUAUUAAUCUAUAUUUAUAAAUAUAUUUAUGAACUUGAAAUGGCGUGUAUAAAUAUUGAUAUUUAUUAAAAAUAAGUUUUUUUUUAAGAUUUUUAUAAGUACUUAAGAACCUUAAAACAGAUGAUUUUUAAGGGCUUUAAUUACAUUUUUUUGUUGAUCGAAUCUCAACGUCAAAAUAGUCGUGUUUGUUUUUUUGUUAUAUCUUAGACAUUUGUAGUAAAUAAAAAUAGGUAUUAAAUAAAUGUAUAUUUAUUAAUAUUAAUACACUCAAAUAUUUUGAAUUAAAAUUUUAAUGCUAGUUUUGUUUGUAGUUGACUAUUGUCUACCAAAAAGUUUUAUUGAAUACAACCGAAUUUGAUGUAUAUCAGGCUAUUGUGCCAUAAGAUGAUUUUAUUAUAAUAAAUUAUCUUUCUUAAAAUAUA